GUAAUUUUAAGUGAUUUCUGGACAUUUUUGCAUUAAAUCGUUAACACUUUUAGUCUACAAUUCGGACAUUUUGAAUUCACAGCGAUUUAAGUUCAUUUUCAUUCAGGAAAAUUGUUGGAAAAUAAAACUGCACCCAAAGAAAUUUUAAUUAUUGGAAAACAAUAACUUGGAAAGGAGAACGCUUAUUUUACAUUUGAAACAGAAAAUAUCAAAUAAGAACGACAAUAGAAUGCUAAAGUGGUCUGAUUUUGCAAUAAUUUUGAUCUUUUUUGUCGUCCUUACUGUUCAACAACAUAUCGAAGAUGACAACAAAGAUCAACAUCAGUUCAAUGACUCGAAUGAUACUCAAAUCUUUAGCAUUGAAAAUCCACAAGAAAGUCUCGAACUGGGAAUUUGUCAAAUCUAUACCGGAAGAAUUUGUGAGAAAUACAUGGGAAACAUGUCAGUAUUCAUCACACCAGACAAUACAAUGGAAUUGAUUGAGAAAAAAUUGGCAGCUGCAGCAUCAGUCAUUAAAAUAUCACCGGAUAUCUCAUCAUUAUGUGCUAGAUUCGUGUGGUAUAGUUUGUGUGCUACAGUUCUUCCAGUAUGUAAAACGCCAGAGGAAACAAAUCAUUCAUACUUUUUAAACAAGAAUAAAAGUAAAAUGAAAGGCUAUCAGCCACCGAUUAUAGCUAACAAUAAAGCCAAAAAAUCAAAUUCGCCAAAAAAUAAAAAGUCACAGAAAAAUAAGUCAAAUGGAAUUAAAAUUAUUCCAACUGAAUCGCCAGUUAUUAUUGAGCCACCAACGACUGUAAAGACGAGAAUAAUUGAUCAUUAUGCUCAUUCAAAUUCUUAUUAUGAAGAGACUCACGGCAGUAGAAAGCGACGAUAUGUAGACAUUCAGUUCAUUAAAAAUGGCUAUCCACCAACAAAAGAAACUGAAAAUUUACGCCUCAUUUGCAAAUCGGAUUGCGAAUUACUUGAAAAUGAAAUUUGCCAAAAGGAAUAUGCAAUUGCAAAGAGACAUCCAGUGAUUGGUCAAAUUUUACCGAUUGAGGAUUGUCGUGGGCUUGAGGAUGACGAUGACUGUCUCCAUAUGGGCAUUGAUGUUGGCGUACAGCCAGACGAUACUUGCUUUUGGGAUGAUGGAUUUAGAUAUCGAGGUGUUAAGGAUAAGACUGCUACUAAUAAGCCAUGUAUGAAAUGGUCAAAAGUUCCAAAAGGCCUGACCCACAUUGAACUAGCCGGCAACAGUUAUUGCAGAAACGUUGAUCACUCACAAAGUCAACCAUGGUGUUAUGUAGACAAACAAACAAUAGAAUUAUGUGACAUUCCAAAAUGCUCUGAUAAAAUGUGGUUCAUUAUCAUUGCUGUUCUUGGUAUUUUCUUGUUCCUAACGUUCCUAUUCACACUGCUUGUUUGCUGCAAGAAAAUGAGAAAACAAGGCGUAUCAAAUAUUCAAAAUAUUGCAAUGGCGAAUGCUGAUAAGACUAAAAAUAUUUACGGGAACUCAAGACAUAGUUCACCGAUUGAAAUGACAUCUUUGUUGACAACGAAUGGAUUAGCCGGUUCUAAUCAGCAUUCAAAUCCAAGGGGCUCGUCUAUUUUGAAAAUUACUCAAUAUAAGUUGCAGGAUGUGAGAUUUGUGGAGGAACUGGGUGAAGGAGCAUUUGGUAAAGUCUAUAAAGGAGAACUGACACAGAAGAAUGGAGAAAAAGUGAUUGUAGCUGUAAAAGCACUCAAAGAAAACGCAUCGCCAAAAACACAAACAGACUUCCGUCGAGAAAUUGAACUAAUUUCUGAUCUUAAACAUGACAAUAUUGUUUGUAUACUUGGAGUUGUGCUAAAAGAGGAGCCGUUAUGCAUGUUAUUUGAAUACAUGAGUCACGGUGACCUGCACGAAUUCCUCAUUUCAAAUUCACCAAAUGAGGGAAAAUAUCUUACACAACAGCAAUUCUUAUUUAUUGCACUACAAAUAGCCGAAGGAAUGGAAUAUUUAUCAUCACAUCAUUAUAUUCACCGAGAUUUAGCCUCUCGAAAUUGCCUGGUUGGAGAGAAUUUAGUUGUUAAAAUUUCAGAUUUUGGGCUGUCACGAGACAUUUAUUCAUCGGAUUACUAUCGAGUCCAAUCAAAAUCACUUUUACCAAUCCGUUGGAUGUCAAGUGAGGCGAUUUUGUACGGAAAAUUCACAACAGAGAGUGACGUUUGGUCGUACGGUGUUGUUCUUUGGGAGAUAUAUAGCUAUGGUAUCCAGCCAUACUUCGGUUAUAGUAAUCAAGAAGUCAUCAAUAUGGUGAGGGCAAGGCAGUUACUUCCUUGUCCAGAUGCAUGUCCCAGUGCAGUUUAUGCCUUAAUGAUUGAAUGCUGGCAUGAACAGAGUGUGCGAAGGCCUAACUUUGCUGAGAUUGUGCAUAGGCUUAAGCUAUGGUAUCAGUCACAGAGGAGGCGUGAUCAAAUGGAUAUGAAUACCGGUAGUAUGACUAGAGAUAUAAAUAUUCCCAGCAUGAGUCGAGAAAUGAAUGUAAACAGUAUGACAAGAGAUAUGAAUAUGUGCAGUAUGUCAAGAGAGAUGAAUACAAACAGCAUGUCAAGGGAAAUGAACACAGGCAGUAUGUCAAGGAAUGAAGGAUGUAUGUCAAGGAAUGAAGGAUGUAUGUCAAGAAAUGACGGCUGCAUGUCAAGAAACAUGAACGAUGGAUGCAUUUCUAGGAAUACAAAUGAUGGCAGCAUGACAAGAAAAACUUCAACCACCGGUUCUACAAUUAGUGUUCGAUCCUUUAAAUAAUUUUAAGUCUUUCCAAAGAGAUUAAUUUCUUUUAUUAUCAAAUUGAUGAGUGAAAAUAUUCGUGUUGACUUUUGACACGAAUCAAGUUCCAAAACAAAAGUUUUUAAGCCCUAAAGUUAUUUUAAAAUGAGACGGAAUUCGUACAUAUUUUAUCCUAUUGAUUUAGUUUUUUUAAACCAUAAAUUGAAUAAUUCUAUGUAGUUUAAGCAAAAUUUAUAAAUAACCAAAAAAGUGAAAGUUUUAUAUAUUGGGAAUGAAGCAAAUACUCAAAAGUGACUAGAACUGGGAAGAUUUGAGAGACUUUUUACAAUUUUUUAGCCUUUUUUCUAUGAAUCCCACCUCAAAAGACUAUUUGUACAUUUUUUGUAUCUGAUCAUCAAAACCUCAAAUUAGACCUUUGUCUUAGGCAUAGAUACGCACCUCAAUAUUAAAUGAAACUCUUUAAAUCUUCGCAGUUCAGCCACGAAAAUACUCAAAAAUGCCCCUUAAGUAAAAAAAAUUAAAUUUGAUCGAUCUUUUUGUGCCAUAAAUUCUAAUGAUGGAUCUCGAACAUUUUUUUUGUUGCAAUUUUAGACCAAAGAUAUUAGAGAAAGUAUUAUUUUUUCACAUAUACCUAAUACUGAGAUGUUCUCUUGACCAUAUUUGACAGAAAUGAAUAAAGAUCAAUGAUUAUUUUGUUAAGAAAGCUGCAGCUUGAUUUUAAGAGUGCGAAACUGAUUAAAAUUGAUCGAAAAAUCUUAAUAGCUUGAAGAUUAUUCAUAAGUAUCUCAGCAACCUUCAUUGACUGUCAUGAUUAAAAAUGUUUUAAUUCCAAUAAAUAUGAUUGUAUUGCCCAGUGAACCUCAAGGUCGAGAGAAUUUUUCAGUGCUUUUGAGUGAAGGAGAUUCUUUGUCAAUCAAACGACAAGCUAGUUCUAAAGUCGAAGACGACUAAGAUUUUGCAUAGAUUAGUUAUUUAAAAUCAACUCGAUUGUACACAAAAUCUUAAUCAGCUUCGCUCUCCGAGCUAGCUUUGGUUUACUUGAUAGACAAAGAAUUAAUUUUUUAAGGAUCUCGAAAAACAAAACUUGCAUACUCAUUAAUAUAUCGAAAUAUAAUUGAAAAAUAUGUGAACAGAAAAUAAAACCACGUGUUGCAUUUAUCAUCAAACAAACCAAAAAAGAAGAAAAACAUACCGUAAAAUCGUUGGGAUUUGAUGCUUUGCUAAAUUUAUAUUAAAAUAGCAAGAAUCAGGGAGCGAAGUUGACUUAGUUUUUGUAUGAUUUCUAGAUGUUUUACAAAAUAACUUAUACAAAACCUAAGUCAGCUUCAUCCUCAAGAUUGAAUUAAAAAUGAAUGAAAAUAAACUUUACAAAGCAUCAACUUCUAACAUUCAUAAUCUAAUUUCUAAGAAGAAUUGAAGAAACAAAAUUUUAUAUAUCAUACAUUAACCAUUCUAGGAUUAAAUAAUAAACAAAAAGUCAUUUUUUUCAAUGUUUUGCAUAAAUAAAGAAGACAAAGACAUUUGGAUUGAGUUUUUGAAUGAG